UGUUGGGCAACCCAGAUCGUGAUUAUUUCCUGAGAUUGGCAAGGACAGUUGAGGCGCGAUGGCUGCGAGCAGCUCCGCCGAGGUCUCCCUUCGAUGCCAACAAACCGCACUCUCCUUCGGCAUCCAUGAUUUAUUGAAUCGCCGUCUGAGCUCUCUCCCUGCCCAUGGCAGCUUGCGUCGCAUCACACUCGCGAAACGCCAGCUGCCGCGUCAGACAUGGGCGAUACCGUCCGCUUUGCUGCCUCCAGCUCGCGAGAAAAGGAACUACGCCGCGAUCGCGAGCUCUCCAGGUUACAAGCCCUGGCCGACUGCCCGCGACGCGAAAGGGAAACUGGUUUCGCGGGUCUCGGGCCCGACGGAAGAAGCUCUCUCCGAAAAAUCUCUCGCUUCCUUCUGGAACACGCUCGUCAGCAAGCACGGCGGACGUAGCGCUCUCAUCUGCAAGCACGAGCCGCCGGACCAGCAUGCGGUUGGCGCGCGCUCAAUAGCAAAGGGCGCUGAUACAGUUGCAGCGAGCAGUGACUGCCUACGCUGGUCAUUCGCGGACAUGAACGCGCACAUCGACGAUCUCGUGCGUGGCCUCUCGCACAUUGGCGUGCAAAAUGGCUCUAUCGUUGCUGUGCUGAUGAUGAACAACAGCGCGUACGCCGCGCUUCAAUGGGCCACGGCAAAGCUCGGUGCAAUCCUCGUGACUCUCAACCCCUCUUACUCGGCUCGAGAGCUAGCACAUGUGCUCAAGCAAGUUCAAGCGUCGACGCUCGUUCUCGUCCCCGGGCUGCGGACCAGCGACUACCUGGAAUCGCUCCAGAAAAUACUUCCUGGCCUCGCGUCCGCUUCUGCUGGAACUCAUGGCGACAAGACACUCCUGCAGGAGGAAAGUAUGCCCUUUUUGAAACGGCUCGUUGUAGUUGACAACCUGAGCGGCAGACCACGGCGCUGGGAGAGUUCCUCACUGCAUGUGCAACAGGGCCUGACGUUCGCGGAGGCAUUGGGACACUUGUAUGGGAAAGCAGUAGAUUAUCGGGAUCUCCUGUCGGAAGGACAGGCUGCCACCAAAUCCCACCUGCAGAGCCUACCGGACGUGGACCCAUUGCAAGUCAUCAAUCUUCAGCUCACAUCAGGCACCACAGGACGUCCCAAGGCGGUUGCCUUAACUUCGAGGAACCUGUUGAACAAUGGUAUUGCUAUCGGCCGCACUUUGCGGAUGACACCCGAGGAUAUCCUCUGCAACGUCCCUCCUCUCUUCCACUGCUUUGGCUUGACUCUGGGCAACCUAGCCGCUUGGUCUCACGGCGCCUCGGUGGUAUACUCGGCCGAGGGCUUCGACCCUGUGCGUGCACUACGCGCCGCCUCUGAAGAACGCUGUACCGCCAUUAACGGCGUCCCUGCACACUUCAUCUCAGAGCUGGAAGUGCUGGACGAUAUGGCUCUCGCGGCUACAGCUUCUAGCACUGGUCAAGGCCAGACUGCAUGCUUGCCCAAGGGCAUUGAACAGGGCGAAUCGUUCGAUCUGUCAAGCUUGAGAACUGGCUUGACGAGCGGAAGCACUGUGCCAAUCGAGCUGAUGCAUCGCAUCAUGCAUACAAUCGGCAGCCGCGAGCAGACUGUCGCUUAUGGUAUGACUGAAACCUCUCCUGUCUCCUUCGGCUGCGAUGUCGACGCAGCGGUACAGCAGCGUUGCGAGACCAUCGGACGCAUCUACCCUCACUGCCACGCCAAGAUCGUGGAUCCCGAUGAUCCUGACGGAAAGCCGCUACCAGUCGGACAAGCUGGGGAAGUGUGCACGGCAGGUUAUAUCGUCAUGCACGGCUACUGGCAGGAAGAGGCCAAGACGCGCGAAGUCGUCCAGACCCAUCGCGACGAGCCAGACAUUGCGUGGAUGCGCACGGGGGAUAUGGGCAUAAUGGAUGUGGAUGGAUACGUGCGGAUCGUCGGGCGCAGUAAGGACGUCAUCAUCCGCGGUGGAGAGAAUUUGUUCCCCGUCAUGAUUGAGAAUUGCGUAGACGAGCUCCCUGGCGUCAUGCAGAGCGCUGCUAUUGCAGUCCCUUGCCCGAAAAUGGGCGAGACGGUCGGGAUCUUUGUUGGACGCGCACAUGGCGCAGAGGGCAAGAAAUUGACUCGCGCGCAGGUUAGGCAGUACGUCAAGGAUAACCUCUCUCUGCAGUCUGCGCCUGACUGGAUCUGGUGGCUGGGAGAGGACGGCGUUGCGGAGGAGUUGCCCAAAACGGCGUCGGGGAAGGUCAAGAAAGUCGACCUGCGGGCAUGGAGUAAGGACCUGGUUGAACAAAGGAUUGGAAAUGCACGUAUGUGAUGGCCAUGAUCAAUGGUAAAUACUCAUAUAGCGCACUGAAAGCAAAAUCUAUGCUUCGUCAAGGCGGGCAAUAGAAUCGGGAAUUCGUGUUCGACAAGCUCAUUGCUUCGUCUUGGCUCACAACGAAGGAAAUGAAUUAGCAC